AUGCAGCACGCUUGGAGAGCCGCGUCUGGGCCCCGCCCUCGCCCCGCCCCAAAUCACCGGCUCGGCGGCCCCCGCCAGCCACGUGGGCUGGUUUGCAGCAUUCUCCAGGUCAAUGCAAGCCUGCAGCCGUCUCGAGCCGCUCUAAUAGCACGCCUGCGCGAUGAGCGGCCCUUGGCGCGCUUGCGCACUUUGGGGAAAGUGGAGCUGGACCCGCCUCUGUACCGCUGCUUUCCUCCUCCGCUGUGCGUGCGAGGGACGUCGGGGGCGGUGCCGCAGCAGUUGCCCCUGGUAACGGGGAGGCAGGAGGAGGAGGAGGAGGAGGGACUCGGCGGGAGGAUGGGCUUGCUCUCAAUUCUGCGCAAACUGAAAAGUGCACCAGACCAGGAGGUGAGAAUCCUUCUCCUGGGCUUGGACAAUGCUGGCAAGACUACUCUUCUGAAGCAGCUUGCAUCUGAAGACAUCAGCCACAUCACACCUACACAGGGUUUUAACAUCAAAAGUGUACAGUCACAAGGUUUUAAACUGAAUGUGUGGGAUAUUGGUGGACAGAGGAAAAUUAGACCAUACUGGAGGAAUUAUUUUGAAAAUACUGAUAUUCUUAUAUAUGUAAUUGACAGUGCAGACAGAAAAAGAUUCGAAGAGACGGGUCAGGAGCUAGCUGAAUUACUGGAGGAAGAAAAACUGAGUUGUGUGCCAGUGCUCGUCUUUGCUAAUAAGCAGGAUUUGCUCACGGCAGCCCCUGCCUCUGAAAUUGCGGAAGGAUUGAACCUGCACACCAUCCGUGACCGAGUCUGGCAGAUCCAAUCUUGCUCAGCUCUCACAGGAGAGGGCGUUCAGGACGGCAUGAACUGGGUCUGCAAAAAUGUCAAUGCAAAGAAGAAAUAAAAUCUAGACGAAUGGAGACGUAGGAGCUGCAGGAGCCGAAUUCUGCCCUGAAAAACACUAAUUUGCUGCUUUCUGACCAAAUGUUUUUCCAUCUGUGUACAGCUACAGCUGUUUGAAGAGAAGGAACAGCACAGUUUAAAGAGAAUCCCCAUUCCAGCAGUAGGUUUAACUGAUCUCUGAGGUUCAGUAUCAUUUUUCAAAUAAAGGAAUUAUAGUAUUUCCUCUGCAUAA